AUGGCACCCGGCAAAAGUGAACGGCGUAAGCGUGGUCGCUGGGAGCAAUACAAUGCCGAUUUCAAUGCUGAUGAAAAUUCUCAAUCGAGUAAUUUAGGUGAAAAAAGUGUUUCCAGCGAUAAAGAUACUACAGUACCAAAAGCAGCUAGUCACAAUUUGGAAGGACAGACUACGGUUACACGUACUGAUGAUUUUGGAGCGAAGGAUUACCGACAUGAAAUGAAAUUGAAACCCGAUCAUGCAUCACGUCCUCUUUGGGUUGCUCCCGAUGGUCAUAUCUUCCUGGAAUCAUUCAGCCCUGUGUAUAAGCAUGCCCAUGAUUUCUUAAUUGCUAUUUCUGAGCCAGUCUGUAGACCGGAAUUUAUUCAUGAAUAUCAACUUACGGCUUAUUCACUAUAUGCUGCUGUGUCAAUCGGUUUGCAAACCAGUGAUAUUAUUGAAUAUUUGGAGAGGUUAUCGAAAUCUUCUUUACCGAAGGGAAUUAUUGAAUUUAUUAAGAUGUGUACUCUUAGCUAUGGAAAGGUAAAGUUGGUGCUCAAAUACAAUCGAUAUUUCAUUGAAUCGCGCCAUUCUGACGUUAUACAAACUUUAUUGAAGGAUAAAGUAAUCCAACAAUGCCUUAUAGAAGAAAAACCGGCAACAGAAAUACCACAAACAAACAUAAACAUGGAAAAAAUACAAAUUCCGGGAAUCCAAUAUCAGCAUCAAGAAGCAAAGGAAAAAGAUGCCAAAAAGUCAAGUGAUGUGCCUGAGGAUAUCGAUUCAUAUUAUGGUAAAUUAGACGGUGAUGAUGAAGAUGAGGAUGAAGAAGCCAUCAGAAACCUUCAACUGCUGACUUUUGAAAUCAAGCAAGAAUCGAUUGAAAUUGUACAGAAACGCUGCAUCGAAUUGGAAUAUCCAUUGCUAGCGGAAUAUGAUUUUCGCAAUGAUACUUUCAAUGAAAAUCUUGGAAUCGAUCUGAAGUCAUCUACUAAUUUAAGGCCCUAUCAGGAAAAGAGUUUACGGAAAAUGUUUGGUAACAGUCGUGCACGUUCCGGUGUUAUUGUCCUCCCUUGUGGUGCUGGUAAAACGUUAGUGGGCGUUACUGCAGCUACAACAGUCAAUAAACGGUGUUUGGUGCUAGCGACGUCAAACGUUUCAGUAGAGCAAUGGCGUGGACAAUUUAAGCUCUGGUCAACAAUUCGAGACGACCAACUGAUUCGGUUUACGCGUGAGGCACGUGACCCAGUACCAUCUGGUUCAAAUGCUAAUAAGCCAAUUGUAUGCAUAAGUACUUAUUCCAUGGUUGCAUAUACUGGAAAAAGAACAUACGCAGCCGAAGAAGCUAUGAAAUAUAUUGAAAGCCGUGAAUGGGGACUUGUCUUGCUAGAUGAGGUACAUACAAUACCAGCUAAAAUGUUUCGACGAGUAUUAACAAUUGUUCGAGCACAUUGUAAGUUAGGAUUAACAGCUACAUUGGUUCGUGAAGAUGAUAAAAUUACGGAUUUAAAUUUCUUGAUUGGUCCAAAAUUAUAUGAAGCAAAUUGGAUGGAACUUGAAAAAGCGGGACAAAUUGCAAAAGUACAGUGUGCUGAGGUUUGGUGUCCUAUGAGUGCCGAAUUUUAUUCGUACUAUUUGCGUGCUCAAAUUGGGCGCCGUCUUUUGCUAGCUGUAAUGAAUCCCAAUAAAUUUCGCAUAUGUCAGUUCCUUAUUAAGUAUCAUGAGCGGCGUAAUGACAAGAUCAUCGUCUUUUCUGACAAUGUAUUCGCGUUGAAGAAAUAUGCCAUAGAGAUGGACAAACCAUUCUUAUAUGGUGAAACAGGACAGAAUGAACGUAUGAAAAUCUUGCAAAAUUUCCAGUAUAAUCCGAAAGUGAACACAAUUUUCGUAUCAAAGGUUGCAGACACAUCUUUCGAUCUGCCUGAAGCAAAUGUUUUGAUCCAAAUUUCCGCACAAGGCGGUUCUAGAAGACAAGAAGCACAGCGAUUAGGACGCAUAUUGCGAGCCAAGAAAAAUUCAGGCGAUGGAUUCAAUGCAUUCUUCUAUUCAUUGGUUUCGCAGGAUACUGUUGAAAUGAGUUACUCACGCAAACGACAACGUUUCCUAGUGAAUCAGGGUUACGCUUAUAAGGUCGUAAACCGACUACCGGGAAUGGAAAAAGAAACCUUGAAAUUGGCCACAAAAGAAUCUCAACUCCAAUUACUGCAGCAGGUACUAGCCGCUUCGGAUGCAGAUGCUGAAGAGGAGGAUAUUAAAGAAGAAAAUGUAGAUGGUUCAAAAGAAAUGAAAACAACGAGAAAAGAAGGCUCGUUUUCAUCAUUCUCUGGAAGCAACUCUAUUUCCUAUACGCAGAAGACAAGAACUGUCAAAGAUGAAGAUAGACAUCCAUUAUUCCGAAGGUUUCGAGCGUUUAAAUAA